AUGAAUAUCACGAGCUUAAAAACGACAACUACGUUCCUCCCGUUUGGAAGUGGCAGUUUUCCAGCGUUUGCGAAGAAGGUAAGAGCGAGUUGCAGUCGCAGAGACGAUGAUGGUCCUUUGUCCUCUGCUUCGGCUUACGCCGUGCUUGGACUGGACCCUCUCUGCUCCGCCGCCGAUAUGAAAGCUGCUUUUCGAGCCAAAGUGAAGCAGUUCCAUCCAGACCUCAACAGAGACUCUAACGCAGCAUACUCUGAUGCUAUGAUUCGCCGCGUAAUUGAAGCAUACCGGAUACUAUCCAACUGCACCCCAUCACAACUAAUUGAAAGUGAAUGCUUAGAUCCCUUUGACACGCCAGAGUGUGAAGCUUUUGAUAUUUUUGUUAACCAGCUGCUUUGUGUGGGCGAAGCGUGUUCAAGUUCCUGUGUGAAAAGAGCCCCUCAUGCUUUUACAUAUGCCUCUUCAACUGGAACAGCGCGUGCAUCUUCUCAAGGUCAUGGAGAUGAUUACCAAGUUCAAUGUGCUGUUGGACAAUGCCCUAGAAGUUGCAUUCACUACGUAACCCCAUCACAAAGAAUACUCUUGGAGGAGCUACUGAACAGUAUACUGGAAGCACCCUAUGAUACAUCAGCUGAGGCAGACUUGCUGUAUUCACUUAUAACUAAAGCUAAGUUUGAGAAUAACCGAUAUCAAAAACCAAAGCGGCAACCCAAAGCUUCAAACCAACAUGUCGAUUGGUUUUAA